CAAUUUUUGAAAAACCGCCUCUUAGCAGUUCAAAAAAAUAAUUCCCCCUUUUUGCUCUACCGCUCCAUUUCUAUCAUCGCCACUUUUGCUCAGAACCCCUUUAUCAAAGAACAACCCAAUUUCAAAUCGAAUUCAGAUACUCUCAUUAUUCUUAGCUUUAGAUUUAUACUUUUAUUUCACUGAAUCUGUUGAAGUAAAUGUCAAUUGAAGAGUGUGAAAAAAUGGAUCUUGAAGUGAAUGGGCUUAAUAGUCUUAUUGAUUUCUCAUCAGAAAAUGACAAUCUUAUUGUAAAUUCUUCUUCUCCUCUCCCUUCUUGGGGUCUUGAAGAAUACCCUUCUUCAGGAGCUACUAAUAUUCAAGAGGAAAUGGACAUGGUUGGUAAAGGUAACCGUGAUGACCAGUUCCCCCAGCUGCAUGAGUCAAAAGAGCCUGGAAAGGCCAGAAAAGGAAAGGUCAAUUUACGCAAAAGUUUAGCUUGGGAUAGUGCUUUCUUUACAGAUGCAGGCGUGCUUGAUGCCGAGGAGUUGUCCAGCAUUAUGAAGGGAGGUGAAAAACACAAUUUACCUAUGAUUGAGGAGGAUGUGCGACAAUCUGCAGAUUCAAUCUCCACGUUGGAAAGUGAUAAUUUGACACUAGAACAUAUUGAAGCUGAGUUGUUCGGAGAUAUAAGAGCCUCAAUCCAGAACCUAACCAUUUCAAGUAGUGGGGAUGUAUCUACAAAGACAGAUAGUGGAGCUAAUUCUUCUGUGAAGAAAGUGGACCUCGCUUCAAAAGCUAGGAUAAAGCAAAAACUUGCUCCAAAAAGAAUCAUUGGAGCACAAGCCGGGUUACCAAAAAGUCAACCAAAGCAAAUUACCGGAACACAAAGAUUGGGUGGGUUGAAGCAGGAUAAGACACAAGUCACUCAGUCUAUCACUAGAACUACAGAUGGAGCAUCAUUAAGGCCUCCAAAAAUUAGCACAAAGUCGCAACCUGUUUCUGCAGGUGUAACCAAAAGGGCUUCUUUGGAUGUCUCACGAGUCAAAAUUGAUAAUAACAGCACGAAAACUAGUACAGCUUCUGUUAGAGGGGCUCAGACGCCAAAAGCAUCUGCCUCAAAUAAUGCUAGUAGGGUGUUACCGAGACCUGCUAUGUCUAUGAAGCCCCCUUCUGUCGGCUCUUCAGCUGCAAUGAGAAUACCUUCGACAAGAUCUUCAAGUGAUAGCUCCGGAAGUACUUCAUCGGACAAGACAGCUAAAUCUUCAAUUCCUGCAGCGAGGAGAAAGGUGGAUAGCAGCAAACCUACUGCUCAACCUUCUGCAAGUGCAAAACUCAAAACCCCUUCAAAAGCUGCAUUGAAGAGUAAAGUACCGUCUGGGAAUUCUGCCGUCUCAGCAUAUCUGAUGUCCUCUAAGAUCAACUCAAGCAUAUCGCCUGCUAGUUCUAUUAGUGAGUGGUCUUCAGCAUCAUCAUCAUCUUCUGCUGCCAUGAACCAAAGGUCAAGCAAUUUAAGGACUAGCCUUGAGACAAGCUCCUGCAGAUCAUUUGACAGCGACACCUCAACUUUGGAUCUGAAGAAUCAUUUAAGUGAUCAGACCUCAAAUAAGCCCGAAAUUGUGGGAACACCUAUUACUAGAGGAAGUUUAAAGCAAGCAGGCACAAUUUCUCGUCCGGCCUCUAUGAAACCAACGGGACUGCGCAUGCCAUCUCCGAAGAUGGGUUACUUUGACGGGGUGAAGGCAGUCCAUACUCCUAAUGGUUCUCAUUCCAGUUUGUCUACUGCGCUUCCCAAGACUGAAGUUACUAUCUGUAGCCCAAAAGGAAAUUCAAACAUGAAAGCUAAGAGUGUAAAAGUUCCAUUUAGGGCAAACAGAAAGCCCGAAACUCUGAAGCACCUCUCUCCUGUAUCUUCUUCAGACAAGUCAAAUGUUUCUUCUGCACUGCCCAAGACUGAAGCUCCCAUUGGUAGCCCAAAAGGAAACUCAAACACGAAAACUAAGAGGGUAAAAGUUCCAGUUAGGGCAAAUAGAAGGCCUGAAAAUCUGAAGCACCUCUCUCCGGUAUCCUCUACAGACAAGUCAAAUGUUUCAGAUAAUCACUCUGGUGCUCCAAGUGAUAUUACUCUUAUUCCUGAGUUAUCUCCUGAAGUUCAUCAUGAAAUAAGUGGAGCAAAUACUUCGAAAAAUAUGGAUGUGGUGGCUGAAGAAGCUGAUCCAUUAGAAAACAUUCGAAGUGCUGGUUUGGUUGCUUCUGAGAGUGAAAACCAAGGCGCGGUGGGCAAUGAUGCAGGUGCUAGUUUGGUUGCAACUAAGAGUGAAAACCAAGGCGUGGCCAGCAUUGAUACAGGUGCUAGUUUGGUUGCAACUAAGAGUGAAAACGAAGGUGUGGCAGGCAAUGAUGCAGGUGCUAGUUUGGUUGCAACUAAGAGUGAAAACCAAGGCGUGGUGGGCAAUGACACAUGUGCUAGUUUGGUUGCAAUUAAGAGUGAAAACCAAGGCAUAGCAAGCACUUUGAACAAUAAGGAAGUGUUGGCCGAAGGACCUGAUACAGUUGAACACGCUGCAGCUGAUGGUUUGGUUGGAAUUAAGAGUGAGAACCACGUCAUUGUGAGCAAUGAUACAGUUGUGAUUGAGAGUGGAAACCAAAGAGCAAGUACCUUGAACAAUGAGGAAGUUGUGCCUGAACGACCUGAUACAUUUGAACACGUUGCAGGUGAUGAUUUGGUUGCAAUUAAGAGUGAAAACCAAGUCCUUGCAAACAAUGAUAUGGAUGUGAUUAAGAUUGAAAACCAAAGAUUAGCAAAUUCUUCGAAUGAUAAGGAAGUUGUGGCUGAAGGACCUGAUUCAGUUGAACACGCUCCAGGUGAUGGUUUGGUUGCAAUUAAGAGUGAAGACCAAGUCAUGGCGAACAAUGAUGUGGAUGUGAUUAAGAGUGAAAACCAAAGAUUAGCAAAUUCUUCGAAAGAUAAGGAAGUUGUGGCUGAAGGACCUGAUUCAGUUGAACACGUUGCAGAUGAUGGUUUGGUUGCGGUUAAGAGUGAAAGCCUAAGUGUUUUGAACAGUGAUAUGAUUGCUGGUUUGAUUGCAACUAAAGGUGAAAACCAAGGACCUGAUUCAGUUGAACACGUUCCAAGUGAUGGUUUGGUUGUGAUUACGAGUGAAAACCAAAGUGUAUUGAACAGUGAUAUGGUUACUGGUUUGGUUGCAACUAAAGGUGAAAAUCAAGGCGUUAUGGAAAAUGAAAUGAACUUGGACACUACUGGAAAUACUGACAUCAAGACUGCUGAGGUUGUUUCAGAUGAAAAGGAUUCCGUUGGUGAAAACAUUAGAUGGUGUGAAACAGUUGAUGGAGAUGGAGUAGGUGCUCAGUGUAAUCUUAAUUAUAAUACAGAUAUCAAGGAUGAUAUGAAUACUCUUGAGAAAACAAAUACAAAGAAAAAUGUUUACCAACUAAACGGUCAGGUAGAAGUCAGCACAACCCCAUUUAGCGAUAAGGUUGAAUCUCUAAUGAGUAAGUUGGCCUAUUUGUCACUAAAUACUCCUGAAAUAGCAGUUAGAAGGACGCCAUUUGCUGUCAAGAAUUCUUCCGUUGAUUGUCUUGAUUUUUCUGAAGAAGCUGUCCAGGUAGUUGGGAAGACUGAUUUAGAUCUUCCUUCUUUAGAAAUUGAUCAUAAAGAAAACAACAAUUUAUGAGGACGGCCAAGCAUAACUUCAUUGCAAGAUGGUUAGGCUUCAAGUACAAGAAGGCUAGUUUCAGCAGGUGGCAAAGGCAUCAGUAUUGUAUAGCAUUUGAGGAAAGGCUUAUCUGAUGCAAGAUUCUUCUGCUUUCAGCUAAGAUCAAGGUUUUUGAGAACAUAUCUUUUUUUAUGUUCAAAGUACUGAUUUAUGUCACAAAUACAUUUACAUAAAUGUAAAACCUAGAAGUCUUUUCUAUUCAGAUUUGCAAAUCAAUAUCACAAGUUGCAAUUGUCUUA